UUACGACUGAGCGAAUUAGAAAAAAAAGUCAUAGUAUUAUUUUUUUCAAAGCCAUUUUUUUUAACAAUAACACAGUUGUAAUUUAAUGAGAAAACGGUCAUAAUAUUAAUAGACUAAAGUCGUAAAAGUGUUUUUCCCCUUAAAAUUGACCUCAAUAAGCAAUAGUUGUAAUAUUGCAAAUAUACUUUUCGUUUCUAAAAAAAACAUCUCCCCAAAACAAACACACACACACAUGUAAUAUUUAAUCGACACAUAAAGAUUUUGUGUCAAAGUCGUUGUGGGCCCAAUUACAAUAACUUUCAUACGGGUUUCUCUCCACAAUCUGGCAACCCAAGUACAAACGGAUUAAAUCUCGCGAGAUGUUGUUGAAAAUAUGCCGGUUUUUAAAAGGAAUGCAUUUUGUGAAAUUAUAGCUUUAAAAAAAGUUAUGUGUGAACAUUUAAUGUAAGUUCCACAAACAAUGUCGACUGUAUCGUCAACCCUCGUCAAAAUUUUUACUAUUGUUUGACUUUGCCAGUGUGAUUUAUGUACUUCCUGUUUUAGCGGAAGUGACGAUGACGCGUAUGGAGCAAAACAAGCACAUGUGAGACCCGCAACGUGACAAGAAACCAGCGAUUAUUCCAGGUAAACUUCAGUGUCGACGCUAAGAAAGACUUUGAAGAAUGAGCGAACCGGGACAUUAUCCUCCUCCGGACUUCGGGGGGCCGCCACCCAGCUCCUUCCAGCCGCAGCAGCAGCCGCCGCAGCCCCGCUGCAGCAGCUUCACCGCCAGCAUGUGGAGCUGGUGCGAGACGCCCUCCGAGCCCAGCGGCUGGAACCACGGCGACCAGGCGGGCUGGCAUCACGGGGCCGGCCGGGGAAACAACCGAGCCAAACGUCCAUACGGUCAAAACUAUGGCCGUGAAUGGCAUCAGCAUCCCGGUGGCAGACAGAAUCACGGACCCCCCGGCAACCACGGGAAAAAGCAGAGAAACAAGAAAGAACCAGAGUUUUCCCAUUUCUGCGACACCUGUGACCGCGGCUUCAAGAACCAGGACAAGUACGAUGAACAUAUGUCUCAACACGUCAAGUGUUCUGUGCCUGACUGCAGCUUUACAGCUCAUGAAAAGAUCGUCAGCAUUCACUGGAAAAAUAACCAUGCACCCGGAGCAAAAAGGAUCAAGCUGGACACAGCGGACGAGAUCGCAAAAUGGAGAGAGGAGAGGCGCAAAAACUUCCCAACGCUUCAAAAUAUCGAACACAAGAAAAAAGUGAUGGAGGUGCGGGAAGAGACGGGAGGCGUCCUAGAGACGGCUCAGUUUGGACGAAUGAGAGGCAGAGGACGUGGUCGAGGACGAGGAUGGGGCCGUGGUCGAGGUAGAGGUCGCGGCUGGGGUGACAGAGAGUCCCAGGAGCGACACCCACAAGGUCCUCACCCACUGGAUGGCGGUGCGACGGAGAGACCACCACCACCACUGUCCAAGCCCAGCAGGGACGGGGAUCCACUGGGGGCGCUGGCCUGCAGUGACCACGAUUCUGACCGGGAGGAUCCAGCAGGUGAAUCCAGGACCGGCGGCCUGGUUGUGGCCCCGAAAAAGAUGAGCUCAGCUCUUGGCUCCUUGGUGGCAAACUACGGCUCCUCAAGUGACAGUGAAAGUGACGAAGAACCAGAGGCCAUCUCCUUCCAGAAAGCCAAAGACCUUCUACAAGAAAACCAGGUCCUUCUGAACACAAUGCCACCGAACUCCCAGGACAGAGGGCGAAAUACGAGCGCGGAGUCGUCUUCACACGGAGCAGGAAAGAACGUGGUUCCCCAGCCCGACUCUGCUCGGUACACACCUAACAGCAGGAGAGGAAGAGGGGGAGGCAGGGGCAGAGGAGGACGGGGUGGUAGAUACCAAAAUGCAGAGCAGAAACGUCGUGCUACUCUUCUUGAGAUGUUACUUGCCCCAGAUAUCCGCCACGAGAGGAACGUCCUCCUUCAAUGUGUGCGCUACGUUGUCCGCAGCAAAUUCUUCGGCCUGGAUAGCAAAUCCCAGAUCCCAUCUACAGGAGCUAUCCCAACUGGAGAGCGUGACGUGAGGCAGAAGAAGCCAUCAGACGACGUCCGGGCCGUGUCCCACGCUGCCUCUCCGAGCAGUGGAGAGAGAAGCUCGGCACAAAGUGGCGUUGCAGUCACAGAAAAUGGAAAUCAGGAGGAUUUAAAGACGAGUACAGCUGUUGUAGUCCCACAAAACUGUCAGGACCAGAGUUCACUCACUGUGCGGGUUUGCUCAGAACAGUGUGAGGAUCCUCUCGAGGAAUCGGCAGCAAGUGGGAAGCAGGUCAAGGUCCAAGAGAUGUCGAACGGCGACAGCCUCCAUUCAGAAGUCACAGAUAAAGUCACAUCAGCCUCUAAUGUGUAUGAUGAUGAAAUAUGGGAGAGUCCCGGUGCUGUUAUGUGAAAUCCUAUUGCAAAUUAUUAUAAUGGAUGAUUUUUUUUGUUCUAAAUCAAAACAUCGAGACGUUUGUGUCUUGCAAAGUUUAUGUUUAUAUGCUAUUUUUUAUGAUGUUAGUAUGACUAACCAUCAACUUAUAUUUUGUAACAAACUUUUUUUUCUAGCAAAAUAAAUCACUGUCAUCAGGUGUGUUAAUAAUUACACUUUUUAAAAAUUU